CGACAGCCCGCCGACGACUCGAGCUCUUGCCUGCCUCUUCACGCACGUCGACACAUUCAUCAUCAUGCCUGUUCCCGUAGGAGCGAUGCCAGGCGGGCAGCAUGGCCCUUCCACCCUUGACAAACUCAAGAUGGGUGGCAUGAUGGGAGGAUCUGUAGGCCUGAUCAUUGGCUUCAUCUUCGGCUUCACAAACAUUGUGCGCUUUGGCCCUGGACCCAAUGGCAUGCUCCGGACGCUGGGUCAAUAUAUGGUCGGCUCAGCAGCAACCUUCGGCUUUUUCAUGGCCAUCGGUACCACCAUCCGCACAGAUAGUUCGCCCAUCGCCGCCGAGGCCUUUGCGAAGAUCAACAGACGGCCGAUGAUUCUCCCACGCCAGUACCAGUACCCACGGGUCUCUCGGGAGGAGGAGAACUAGAGGAACAAGUGAAUACAUAUUGAGAGUGCCUGAAAGACACUUGGUGCUUUCUGGGCGUGUAAAACAUUACCAAGCUUGCGAAAACACUGCGAAAGUUGGGGAAACAUUUCGAAGCUUGUGCGGACGGCUAUGUACAAUAACGGGCUUGUAAGCCUAGCAGCGAGAAGAGCAGAAUGCGAGCAACAGGUUCGCUCUAUGCGCCCUGACCAAACGUGCCUAUACUCGUUCUAAGUUAUAUAUCAACUUUCACCUCGACCA